AUGGAUUGGUUGCAUAAGUUGAGGAGAGCUUUGCUUUCUUUCUCUGCCAGACUCAAACUGAGUAAAUCUGUAGGGCGUGAUGGUGGUGAGUAUGGCGGAGUAGGCGGUCUGCUAAAACUUCAAGAUGAUGUACAAUUGUGUGGAUAUCAAGAUGUACAGAUUAUGUGGAACAUUUUAAGCAAAGCUCAGCGAGAGGAGAUGAUGAUCAUGGCAACAACAAAAACUCAGCCAGCCCCCAAGCACAACAACAAGAAGCAAAGACAGCAACCCUCUUGGUCUUUCAAGACUUUCUUUUGGACCAGCCAUGCAAAGAGCCCAGUCUUAGUUUAG